GUCACUUUGUAGAAAUAUGGUUCCAUUGAAGGCUUUCGGUGUGUUCCCACCAUUUCUUUUUCUCUAAUAUAUAAUCCCAAUUCCAAACCCUAUAAAAACCCUUCUCUCUCACUUCUCUUCUUCCACUCUCACCCAUUUUAACCUAAAUCCAAUUUCCUAAACUGAACUAACGGACCAACUUAAAUUGUUGUUUUUUGAUCUGUCAAGGCAAAUUCAUUUUCUGGGUGUCCUUCAAGAUCAUAUCUUUCUUCAAUCACUAUUAACUUUUGUUUGUUUGCAUUAAUCUGGAAUCAAUUUUUAAGAAAAUUUGGUGGUGGAAAUUGAUAGUCAGAAAAAAAUACUUGAGUUUUCCUUUGAGGAAGAUGAUCUUUUGGUACCAAGGAGGUAUCGUGUGGAAAUUCUUUGCUAUUGUUGAAGAAAAAUCCUGGGUUGUUAAAAGCUUUUACUUUUGGAUUUUCCAAAUUUUCAAUACUUACAAUUUAGGAUCAUAUUAGAUCUUGUUUUCAUAGAUUGAAGAAAUAGAGAAUGAGUGGAGGAACAUUGCCACCAGGGUUUCGUUUUCACCCAACUGAUGAAGAACUGGUUAAUUACUAUCUGAAAAGGAAAGUCGAUGGAUUGGAGAUUGAGCUUGAAGUGAUUCCUGUGAUUGAAUUGUACAAAUUUGAUCCAUGGGAAUUGCCAGAGAAAUCUUUCCUUCCAAGACGUGAUAUGGAAUGGUUUUUCUUCUGUCCACGAGAUAAGAAGUAUCCAAAUGGAUCAAGAACUAAUAGAGCAACAAGAGCUGGAUAUUGGAAAGCCACAGGUAAAGAUCGAAAAGUUUUCUGUCGUCAAUCCUCUGUAAUCAUUGGAUAUCGAAAGACACUAGUAUUCUACCGCGGUCGCGCACCUUUAGGCGAUCGAACUGAUUGGGUUAUGCAUGAAUAUCGUCUCUGCGAUGAAGAAAUCGAUCCUUCUCAAGGACAACAACCGUCUUUUAAGGGUGCUUUCGCUCUAUGCCGUGUGAUCAAGAGAAACGAAAACAAUGAGAAGGCGAAUAAGGGUGUGGUUAUACUCGAUGAGACGGUUGUGCAACCGAUUAAUCAGUCUAUAGGUGGCAGUCAUUACUCGAGCCCUGUCGAGUCUCCUUACCUGACAAUGCCGACGAUUGAGAAUGAAUUGUGUUCAAUUGGGACAAUAUCUUCGAGUAGUAGCCUUUGGGUUUCACCCGAUUUUAUUCUCGAUUCUUCCAAGGUUUACUCACAAGGGCGAGAAGGGGUGGUAACAGGAGAUAACGAACGUUAUGAGUAUGCGAACUCGAUAAAUGAGGUUAACGAGUGGCAGCCUUACAAUCAAUUCUCCUCCAAUGAACUCGCUGUUUCAAAUAUGAGUCAAUUUGGCUAUUUGGGUUCUUAUGGGAAUGACCCUAUCGUGUUUGACGAUUACAAUGGAGAAUAUCAAUGGGGAAUUUAAGUGAAUCAGCUCGGUUAUGUUUCGUGAGUAAUAAAUUGUGUCCAUUGGCUAAUGGCUAUUGUAUGUCACGACUCCUUUCGACGAUCAUUUUUAUAGGCUUGAAUGUAAGAAUAUGGAUUGUGACUUUCUUUUGAUCAAUAACUGUUACAAAAGUAGUGUCCACGAAACGAAUAAUAUAUCGAUGUCUUUUUGGUUUUACUUUUUAGAAAAGUGUUAGCAAUACCAAGGCACGGAAAAGGAAGAACCGAAUUGAGGAGAAUUGUCGAAUAGAAUUGAAGAUUCUCCUUUGACGACGAGCCAACUUGAAGGAUUUAGAAAAGUUUGUUCAAAAGCAACAAAUAUUCCCUAUUUAACUCAUUUUGCCUCCCCAUUAGGCCAUUACUAUAUAAAAUACUUCACAUUAUU